GGUUGUGGCAUUAAGACUUAAGAAAAGUGUUAAAAAAUGGCAAAUAAAAUAUUUAUUGUACUAAUUAUUUCUAGUGUUCUAAAACUUUAUCUGAUUAAUGCAGAAACGUACAGCAGAAAGGCUUUAGAGGCUAUGAUUUUACAAACACUAUGGGACCGCGUCUAUUCGAAACAAGAAGAAUCAGUUAAACAAGAAGCUAUUAAGAAAUUGAAAGAAACUGGUCACUAUGACAGCCUCAUUGAUCAUCUUACGACCACUGACAAGAAUAAAGUCCAUAAGAUAUUAGAAUUAACAGCUGAAAUUAUGAUUGCCUAUAUGGAAUAA